UUUGUUUAUCUCUACAUUCUUCAUGUUGAGCUGAACAGUACAGAUGUUGCAGCUGUUAGAGAACUGAGGAAAAUCAGCUACCCCAUCAGCAUCAACAGCUACAUAGAGAUCUCUGAUGUUAACAUCUCUACUGUUUGCUCUCCAAUCGGCGGUGGUUACCAGUGCAGAUGUGAGGAUCAGUAUCGUUGGUCAUGUGACCAGUGUCAAACAUAUGGAUCAUGUGACAACAUAACUGGAGACACUUGUGGAUGCAUUAAUGGCAUUCCUGCUGAUGGACAGUACUGCCAGUCUCUGGAUCAAUACAAGUCAACCACUCCUACACCUCCAAUUAAUACAACAUUCCAAGUUCCCACCAGGAACACUUCAAUAGCUUCAACAACAGCUGCAACAACUAAGCAUGUAACUUAUCAAUACAACCUGUUUAUUGAGCUGAAAACCACAGAUGAUGCAGCUGUAGGAAAGAUACGAAACCUCAGCUUCACCAUUAGCAUUAACAAUGACCUACAGAUCUCUGAUCUUAAGAUUUCUACAGUUUGUUUCCCCAAUAAUACAACCUACCAGUGCAGAUGUGAGGAUCAGUAUGCCUGGCCUUGUGACAUGUGCUCCACUUUUGGCGAAUGCAGCAACAUUCAGGACAAUACCUGUAGAUGCAUCAAUGCUCUUCCUCCAAAUGAUACUUAUUGCCAGCCACUGUCAGAACUUGAUACCUGUCGGAUGCAAACUACUAUUGGGACAACAACCAUUACACCUUUCGUUAACACUUCAACUUCAGAUUCUGCUACUACAGCCAUAACUUUUGGAACUUCAACACAAGCUGCCACUAAUGCUACAACAAAUACAACAGCUUUGACAGUUUCAACUCCAGGUGUUACAACCCAAGCCUCAACAACUGUGACAAAUUCAACAACUGAGGCCACAACUUGGUUUAACACAACAGCACCUACAACCCUAGUAACAGAUUCAUUGCCUGUUUUUACUAAUGCAACAACUGCUACACCACAACCCAUGACGUCCUCAGUGACAACUACAACUACAGAGAAAUCUACACCUGCACCUUCUACCAGUGCCUCAACAACUUCAAUCAGUGCCUCGACAGCUACAACUAUGACCAGUGUCUCGACAACUACAACUACAGCCAGUCCCCAGACAACUCCGACUACAACCAGUGCCCCAUCUACCAAGACCACCACAACUACUACCAAUGCACCCAAACCUUCUACCUCCUCAACUAAAGGCACUACAGCUUUGGCUUCUACCACAAUAACUUCUGAAAUACCUGUUGAAGCAACUGACAUACCAAUGUCAGUCGAGCUAGACCUGGAAUUCAUUGAUAAGUACAACGAUAAAACCAGUCAGGAAUUCCGAGACCUUUCAUCAAGAAUUGCUGAAGCGCUUGGGGAGCCGUAUACACGUCUGACUGGAUACAUUGGUGUUUCUGUGACAGAUCUUAGGCCAGGCAGUGUUAUUGCAGAUUUUACUGUGAAGAUGUCUGGACCAGUUGAUCUGACUGAAAUCACUGAGGCCAAUUCAAGGCUUGAUAAAGCAUUGGGGCCAAUUGCUCGUGUUCUUGCUACACCGACUGCAGAGUACAACAGUCCGAACCAACUUAAAUCAAGUGUAAAGGAUUAUAUUUUUACUGGGAAAACCAUAACCCUGACUUGUGACCCUAGCAACGUCAAUAUGGGAAAAGUGAAAACUACUGAAUGGAAAUUUAAUGGGUUUGAAAUUAGAUCAGAGAGACAUAAAAUAUCUUCUUCUGAAAAUCAGUCCAACCUGGUAGUGGAAAAAGUAAUAUCAGGUGAUGCUGGGCUUUAUGAAUGCAUACUACGGGGGGAAGGUUUUAGUUUUAUCCAAAAGAGAACUGUGAAAAAUAGUGAGAUCAGACAAGCCCCUAAUGUGCGAAUCUCACAAACAAGGUGGGUUAAAUGUGAGGAGAAUAAAAACGAAAAAGUUACUUGCUGUGUGCAGUCUCCUUAUAAGGUGAAAUGGUACGAGGGUUCUACAGAAUUAAGUUCAGUUCCUGAAAAAGACUGCAUCAUACAUGAAUUUAACAUGCAAGGCUGCAGUGACCCAACAAGAGAAUUUACCUGUCAAGUUACUGAAGAUGCGACAUAUAAAGCAACAACAAAAGUGAACAUAUUCACAGAUCCUGUUGUAUGUGAAGAUGAGGAGUACGGGACUGGAAGAGCGGGUGACAAAGCGAGCGCUAUGUGUGCUGAUGGUCUGGAGGGUAAAAAGAUUGCAGAGUGUCAGGAAAAUGGAGCAUGGAAACUGAUAAUGGACUCCUGUAUUGUUACAAAGAUCAAUGAGCUGCUGAUUGAUUCUGCAGAUCUGAAGGAAGAAGAGAUUCAGGUGUUUUCAGCAAAUCUAAGUAAGGCUGUCCAGAAAGAGGAGGAGCAAAUUUCCCAGUCCUCAGCAACAAUAUCGGCAAUUGUUGAUAUAUUAAAUACAAUUGCAAGGGUUUCACAACAGGUCAAUGAAGAUGUGAUGCAAAAUGUGUUGAAUACUGUUGAUGUCAUCGUUGGAGAUGAUGCAAAGGAGUCCUGGGACUUCCUGAAUACAAAUCAAACUCAAAAUUCAAGCUCAGAACUUCUAAGUUCCCUGGAGACAAUUUCUGACAAAUUAACUGGAAAAUUUGCUUUGAGUACUCAGAGGAUCCAGCUGGACAGAACCCAGUUCAGCGGCUCUUUCAAUGAACAAUUGACCUCCAAUGUCACUAUAGAACUCCCAGAGACAGGCCUCAAUAAUAUCUCUAUUACCACCAUUGUAUUCUCCUCCCUUCAUAAUGUUAUGCCAGCACGGAAUUCUUCGUUUGACUUUACCAUUUCUAACAACAUAACCAAUGAAACUACACCAGACAAUGCCAUCAAUGGUGCUGUGCUGCUGGUAAAAGUCGAUGAAACAAUUCGUAAUGUCAAUCUGAGUUUCCAAAAACGUAAUCCAAUCCUGCAACUGAACCCACAGUGUGUCUUUUGGAAUUUUAGCCUAUUUGAUCGACUUGGUGCAUGGGAUGAUCAGGGCUGCAAGUUUGUUUCUGACAUAAACGACACUGUAACCUGCACCUGCAACCACCUCACAUCUUUCUCAAUUCUGAUGUCAACGGAUGUUCCUGAAUCAAUCAGAAAAUUCUUGAAAAUAAUUACAUAUAUUGGAGUUGGGAUAUCAAUGGUCAGCCUGCUGAUUUGUCUCGUUAUUGAAGGAAUUGUUUGGAGAGCCCUAACCAAAAAUAGCACUGCUUUUAUGCGCCAUGUUGCCAUUGUCAACACAGCACUGUCCCUGCUGAUUGCUGACAUCUGCUUUAUCAUUGGAGCCGCUAUUGUAAAGAACCCUAAAGAAAACCCAGAUGAGGACUACACAGUACCCCUUGGACCUUGUAGUGCAGCAACCUUUUUCAUGCACUUUUUCUAUCUUGCCAUGUUCUUUUGGAUGUUUGUUUCAAGCCUUCUGCUCCUAUACCGGACAGUCAUGGUCUUCUCUGAAAUGUCCAAAUGGACCAUGUUUGCCAUUGGAUUGACUGUGGGAUAUGUUUGCCCUCUGAUUAUAGCUGUUACUACUGUUGCCGCCACAGCACCUGGGGAAGGAUACAUCAGGGAAGAUCUAGCUUGCUGGCUAAACUGGACUAAAACUAAGGCCCUCCUGGCCAUGGUCAUCCCUGCCUUGAUCAUAGUGGUGUUUAAUAUUUUGGUCAUUAUAUUGGUUUUGUACAAAAUGGUUAGACGGAGGAGUAUUGGAAACACAUCCCAGGCAGGUGAGAAAAAUGCAUUGGUAGUCAUUCUAAGAUGUGUGGCCAUACUCAGUCCUUUGUUUGGACUCACCUGGUCUUUGGGAAUUGGAACCAUGGUGGAGCCAACAAAUGCGGGGAUUCAUGUUGCCUUUGCUUUCUUCAACUCUUUGCAGGGUUUCUUCAUUUUAGUGUUUGGGACGUUAUUCGAUUCCAAGGUCCGUUCUUUUGUUUCACAAAGAGUAUCGGCUUUAAGCUCCACAUCUAGCAGAACAAGGAGCACAAGUGCGGGGAAUUCCUCGAGCAGCGGACUAAAAAUCUUUAACCGAAUUUGGAGGAGAAGGAAUGUGUACCGUGUCACACGGGUGCAAAACUCAAGCAGCAACGCUGAAUCUUCAGAGUCAUACUCCAGCAUCUAAAUCAGUUCAACUCAAAUCUGCAUUUCUGCAGACAGAAUUUAGAUUUAAAGGUAGAUUAUAUAUACCAUGUCUUAAAGCUGAAGUUUUGUGUAAGGAAAAGGAAAUUGAAUUGUAAAUUAAAAUUUGCUGGUAAUUACUUGUUUUAACUGCAUGACACGAGGCUGCUGUUUCCUAUCAUCAUUGUGAAGUCUACAGGUAGACAGUUGGUUUGUAUGGGGAAAAAAGAAGGGAAAAAAAACAUCAAGUUUAUCUUCCCCAAAACUUUGUCAAUCACAGAAAGAUCGUAAAAGUAAUUUUAUAAAUGUG